AGAUAACUUAUGGAUCCCCAGAUGAAAGAAAGUCCUUGAGCCAUAUUCGAGGUCUUGGCGUGUGGCUAUUUCUCGGUUUCUCUUAGUCAGCUGCGGCCAGCAUCCGCCAUGAGGGACUGCUCUCCUCUUUUACCCAUCCAUUACUUCACUGCUUCACUGCAUACCCUACACUCGGAGCACGCCUUGCCUUGCCUCUGCUCUAGCUAUUUCAUGCCACUCUUCUCGAAUUCCUACUCAUAGGUCAAUCAUGUUGCGCGUCACUCUGCGGAAAUGCAGCCGACAGCUCGGAAGCUGUUCCUCGAGAGCAGGCUUGUCCACCCUCUCCGCCUCCGCACCCAGGACAGCUCUCGUCACGAGUCGGAGACAUCUUGCGCUGGCUUCGCAACACCAGCAGCAGAGGAAUUAUGCCAUUGCGGCCGAGGAUACGGACAAGGGUGUUGACCCCAACGACUCCUUCCUCCAAGGCAAUACAGCCAAUUAUGUCGAUGAGAUGUACAUGCAGUGGAAACGCGACCCUUCGAGCGUUCACUACUCGUGGCAGGUCUACUUCCGCAACAUGGAGUCCGGCGACAUGCCCGUCUCGCAGGCCUUCCAGCCGCCGCCAACCAUCAUUCCCGCACCACACGGCGGGAUGGGCCCAGACAUUCGCCCUGGCCUGGGAAUGGCGCCUGGGCAGGGCUCUGACGUCAUGAACCACCUGAAGGUGCAGCUGCUCGUCCGCGCAUACCAAGCUCGAGGACACCACAAGGCGAGAAUCGACCCAUUAGGCAUUCGAACCGAAGCAGAGCAGUUUGGCUACAGCAAGCCUCGUGAACUUGAGCUGUCGCAUUACAAUUUCACCGAAAAGGACUUGGAUCAGGAAUUCACCCUUGGCCCUGGCAUCUUGCCGCGUUUCAAGUCGGAGGCUCGCGAAAAGAUGUCGCUCCGAGAGAUCAUCGCUGCUUGCGAGCGUCUGUACUGCGGCUCAUAUGGCGUUGAAUAUAUCCACAUUCCGGAUCGGGAACAGUGCGACUGGCUUCGUGAACGCAUCGAGAUUCCACAGCCAUAUAAGUAUUCGGUGGAUGAGAAGCGUCGCAUAUUAGAUCGCUUAAUCUGGGGAACCAAUUUCGAAGCUUUCCUGGCCACGAAAUACCCGAACGAUAAGCGAUUCGGUCUUGAGGGAGGCGAGAGCUUGAUUCCUGGCAUGAAGGCGCUGAUCGACCGAAGUGUCGACUAUGGGGUCAAAGAUAUAGUCAUUGGGAUGCCUCAUCGUGGGCGUCUGAAUGUGCUUAGUAACGUUGUCCGGAAGCCAAACGAGUCAAUUUUCAGCGAGUUUGCCGGAACUGCCGAUCCGUCUGACGAAGGAUCCGGAGACGUCAAAUACCAUCUGGGAAUGAACUUUGAGCGCCCUACGCCUUCUGGAAAGCGUGUCCAGCUUUCUCUAGUCGCGAACCCAUCGCAUUUGGAGGCUGAGGAUCCAGUGGUGUUGGGUAAGACGCGAGCCAUCCUUCAUUACAACAAUGACGAACAGGAAGCCCGUACGGCAAUGGGAGUGUUGUUGCAUGGCGACGCCGCCUUUGCUGGGCAAGGCGUUGUCUACGAAACUAUGGGCUUUCACUCGCUUCCCAAGUACCACACUGGAGGAACCAUCCACAUCAUUGUAAACAACCAGAUUGGUUUUACGACUGAUCCCCGUUUCUCCCGCUCCACUCCCUACUGCUCCGACAUUGCCAAGGCUAUCGAUGCCCCCGUGUUUCACGUGAAUGGCGAUGAUGUGGAAGCCUUCAACUUCGUUUGCCAGCUUGCUGCUGACUACCGCGCUGAGUUCAAGAAGGACGUCGUCAUUGACAUGGUGUGCUACAGGAAGCAGGGUCACAACGAGACUGAUCAGCCCUUCUUCACGCAGCCCUUGAUGUACAAGCGAAUCACGGACCACCCACCUGCGUUGGACAUCUACACGAACAAACUCUUGGAAGAGCAAACUUUCACCAAGGAAGACAUUGAUGAGCACAAAUCUUGGGUAUGGGGUAUGCUUGAAGAGAGCUUCACACGCAGCAAAGAUUACCAACCCUCCGCGAAGGAAUGGCUCACAUCUGCCUGGAACGGUUUCAAGUCGCCAAAGGAGCUUGCAACUGAAGUCUUACCUCAUUUGCCCACCGCGGUUGAGGAGACCACACUAAAUCACAUCGCGGAGACGAUUGGAAGUGCCCCUGAAGGUUUCAAUGUACACCGCAAUCUCAAGCGUAUUCUUGCAGGCCGUACGAAGACAGUCGCCGAGGGCAAGAACAUUGACAUGGCCACUGCGGAAGCCUUAGCCUUUGGUUCCCUUUGUAUGGAGGGCCACCACGUGCGUGUAUCGGGUCAAGAUGUUGAGCGGGGUACUUUCUCGCAACGUCACGCCGUUUUGCACGAUCAGGAAACUGAAAACACGUACACCCCCCUCCAGCACGUCAGUGAUGAUCAAGCCACCUUUGUCAUCUCAAAUUCGUCCCUUAGCGAGUUCGGAGUUCUAGGUUUCGAAUAUGGCUACUCUCUUUCCUCACCAAAUGCCCUCGUCCUGUGGGAAGCUCAAUUCGGCGACUUCGCAAACAACGCGCAGUGCAUCAUUGACCAGUUCGUCGCCUCAGGUGAAGUCAAGUGGCUUCAACGAAGCGGCCUCGUCAUGAGUCUGCCUCACGGUUACGAUGGCCAGGGACCCGAGCACUCGUCUGGUCGUAUGGAACGAUACCUCCAAUUAUGCAACGAAGAUCCGCGAAUUUUCCCGUCACCAGAUAAGCUCGACCGCCAGCAUCAAGACUGCAACAUGCAGAUUGCAUAUCUGACUAAGCCGUCCAAUCUGUUCCAUAUCCUGCGUCGACAGAUGAACCGUCAAUUCCGGAAACCACUUAUCCUUUUCUUCUCUAAAUCCCUUCUACGCCACCCAAUGGCUCGCUCCAACAUCGACGAAUUCACUGGUGACUCCCACUUCCAAUGGGUGAUCCCUGACCCUGCGCACGAAACGGGUGAAAUCGGCCCCAACGAAGCCAUCCACCGCGUCAUCCUCUGCACUGGCCAAGUCUACGCCGCCCUUGUCAAAGAACGGCAGCUCCGCGAUCUCAGGGACGUAGCUAUCACGCGCAUCGAACAACUGCACCCGUUCCCCUGGCAACAACUCAAAGAAAACCUGGACUCGUAUCCAAAUGCGCAGAAUAUCAUCUGGUGCCAGGAAGAGCCGUUGAAUGCGGGGGCAUGGAGUUUCAUGCAGCCCAGGAUUGAGACGCUACUAAAUCAGACAGAGUGGCAUAAUAGGAGACAUGUUAUGUAUGCGGGUAGGAAUCCGAGUGCCAGUGUGGCGACGGGGUUGAAGAGUGCGCAUCAAAAGGAGGAGAAGGAUUUGUUGGAGAUGGCGUUUAGUGUGAAGCAGGAUAAGCUUAAGGGGGAGUAGAUUUGGUGGAUACGGUGGUGGAGUGGGGUGCUUUGUAGGAUAGGAUUCGAUGGCUUCACUCAGCUUUUUAGUUGGGUAUUGCGUGUGGGACUGAAAGGAGAGUGCGUGCAUAUGGAUGCCAUAAUUUGUGUGGCGGAAACAAAAUCAUCCCUUGUGUACUAUUCCCCCCUUUCUCUUUCGGUUUUCUAGGGGUUUCUAGCCUGCGUUCUGAGAUAAAGCACACACAUCUUCCUCUCUUCCCCUUUCCUUUUUUUUUUGUUUGGGAUUUGGUGGUAGUCAGCGCACGUUGGACAGGAGGAAGGCUUGGAACAUUUUGUGUCUUUACUUGCAUACUUUAGCGUUUGUAGAUUAUUAUGAUGUCUAUGAGCAUUGAGUGUAGGAUAAAAGUUGGUAUGUUUGAUUCCCUGAUAUGUGUGUAGGGCCGUAUAUACAGACUUAUGUUGCUAGAGGGUAAAGUAUGUUCUCUGACUUUAGGUAUAGAGCGAGUAAGUGAAUGUGAG